UCGUUAUAGCAAGCUUAAAUAUUUCAAAUUCAAAUUAUUUUUUUCGUAGAACUGCGUAACAUUGGGUUGCUUAUUAUUCUCCUUCUAAAAGCUAGCGCAGAUGAAGCCGAAGGAUUUGGAGGAGAAGAGCGACGCCGCUCCCAGCGACCCAAACAACGAGCAUCCUCCAAUAUCCUCCGGGACUAGGACACGUUUCACGUUAAGCUCGCCAUUUUACCAGGGAGGCACUACCUUCGGCGGUAGUGCAGGCAUCAUUCGCGUUUCGGACCAUUUCAACUUGGCCAGGUUGCUCGCUUCAGAAGUCAACAAGAGUAGGGAAAGGGAAACUUGCUCGGGGUCCACAGAGUCGAAGAUCUUGAAACGCCGUCGUCUGUACGCUUUUCUCAAUCAGAAAGAAAUGAUGUACAGAAAGUACCGGAAAGUACUCAAUAAUCCUCGAAUGGACAAUAUUCAAGAGCUGGAGGAAACACAAAUGUCAUUUAGAAAGAAUUCGGGCAGGAUGCCAUUGCGAACAUUCUUCUUCUCGGAGCCGAUUCCGCUAAAACCACUUGGCUCGAAGCGCAGUUACGCAUUUCCCGACCCAACUCCUCUGAAUUAGGUUGUUUAGUUGAAUGCAACAUUUUGGACGUUUCUUUGUAUUAACGUAAAACUGUAGAAGGCAAGCUUUCUUUGCCAUAAAUUAAAAUAAGAAUACUUUAUUCUUUGAAG